ACUUCAGUCAAAUCAUUACUGAGUAUUUUGUCCAUAUUUCAGUUGACGUGUGUUUACAAUACAAAACGUAUCGAUGAAGAUGAAAUGUGGUUGGUUGGAGUUAACUCCUAUGGAGGACCCAAUCAUAGUUCCAAAUCCUACCCUGGCUACGGAGUGGAGUGGGUAUACUUCCCAGAUGGAGAUGGCAUUCCUCACUUUAUUAAUUUGACCAUAACCGAUCGGAGACAGUUGCGUAGAGGUCAAAAUAUGGAAAUUGAAUACAGAUUGUACAUAAGGGGAUUAUCCAAUUACACAAAUCUAAACGAAUCAGCACAGCCACCCAGCGGUACAAAUAUGACCAGACUGUUGUCUAACAAACCGGUAAAAUUGGUAACACACGGUUGGAUAUCAUCUGCUGCAGACGGCAUGGUAAUGAGUAUCAAGGAUGCUUACUUGAAAAAUAAAGAUGUAGCAGUAAUAGCUGUAGACUGGAGUGAUACGGCGAGUGACUAUAUCUAUCCGUUUGUAGUGGAGAGCACGGGGGAAGUGGGGGCACGUGUUGGACAAUUUUUAGAUGCAUUCUGCGAACUCUACAAUGUUUCCGGCGACAGAUUGCAUUUAAUCGGACAUAGCCUUGGAGCACACUUGAUGGGGGUCGCUGCGUCGACAACUAAUGUGACAGUGGGAAGAGUCACCGGCCUUGAUCCAGCAAGACCUCUCUACGAGUAUCCAAAGAAACCGAGCACGUUGACCCUGGACUCAUCAGACGCGAUGUUUGUAGACGUGAUACACACGUGCAGUGGAGCCCUGGGCGUCAAAGAUAAUAGCGGGCAUGCUGAUUUUUACCCAAAUAGCGGUGAAUCACCACAACCUGGGUGUGACAUUCCAGAGACAUGUAGUCAUAUGAGAGCCCACAUGUACUUCUUCGAAUCCAUUGAUAAUCCCACUGGUUUUCCUGCUUGCCGAAGCAAAAAUUGGACGGAAUUUUUAAAUGACACUGAAUGUAAACAGGAGACAUAUAUGGGAGAGAAUGUUGAUCGAAACGCAAAAGGGCAGUAUUACUUAAAAACAAAUGAUAAAGUACCCUUCGCUACUAAUAAACCUAAACUAGUGACUCUGUAAGCUGUGGACUGUGGACCUCGCAAUUCUGUUUCCAAAAUAGGAAUCGUUAAAAAAACGCUAUCCAAUUAUCGAACCUGCUCACAAAAUUUCAUGAGAAUCGGUUGAAAAAUGCUACCUGUGUAGAGGAGAACAGCCGGACAUGCAAACGCAUUUUUGCCCAAGUUAAAACGGAGACUCUUCGCGCGUACUUCGGGCUACUCCGUGAACUAAAGUAAAUAAGUUAAAUUUGAUUGCUCAAGUAUCUCUUUUAAAGUUUAUUAAUCGUGUCGUGUUAUUAAAAAUAUGUAUUACUGUAAUACAAGACUAAACUUAAUUCUGUAAAAACUCGCGAUAUUAACAUCCAUACUCAUUCAUCAACGUUAACAAAUUAUAUUUCAAACGUUCGCACCAUAAUAGUUUUUACUCCUCUUUUUUAUACAAAACUAUAUGUACAAAAAAUUUAAUAAAAUUAUGAAGUAGUGGUCUCGUGUGGAUACGGUU